CUGACCAGGCAGAAUAACUUGACACCCUUGUAGAAAUUUCUUCAUUUAUCAAAAAAGUUACAUAAAACUAAAAGUGAGUGAAGUGUAUAAAUCUUGAAGGACAUUUAUUUUUCAAGUGAUUCUAGUUAUCAAUAAAGUAAAAAUACUAAAAUAUUUCAGAAAGUGUUUGUGGAUGGAUUGUCAUCAGUGGACGAUAUAAUUAUUGCGACGAGAUGAUUAUUGAAAAUCCUGACGCUUUCAAGUCGUGGUUGACUUCCAUAUUGGAACCUCUCUGCGAUGCUGACCCGGCAGCGCUCGCCAAAUAUGUGUACGCCCUCGUCAAGAAGGACAAGCCCUUGGAUGAGCUUCGGGAGGUGAUGGUGGACCAACUCGAUGUCUUCCUGCAGCAGGAGACGAAACCGUUUGUGGAGAUGCUGUUCAAGGCGCUGGAGAGUAAUGAUUAUCUGAAGCAAGGCAAGGAUGAUAAGAAGGCUCCAUCUCCGGCGCCCGGGGACUCCGAGCCAUCCAAGGAGCCGGAAACUGAGAACCAUGUGGGUGCCCCAACGAUUCCGUCCCCGGUGUCGGGCGGCGAGACCCGUGGUAGGUCCCCGUGCGCGGGCACGGUGGCGGGCAGUACGGGCGCGGCGGGGGCGCGCGGCCGCCUCGUCGUGUCGCGCGGCGCCAAGCUGGCCGCGCCCGCGCCCUCCGCGCCCUCCGCACCCACGCCCGCACCACCCCCGCGGGGACAUCCACAUAACGAACAUACGCUUGUUAAGGUGUUACCACUAACGGAACUUCUAGAAGAACCCGUAGACCAGCCGCCUAGAAGACGCGACAGAAGAGGAGAUUCGACUCGAGAGGCUGACAGACGGAGACGUAGAUCUCGUUCGUGGGAGAGACGCGCCCGGGCGAGGAGACACGGGAGAGACAAUGAACACAAUACUGACAUCAGAAGACGACCUCUGUCCCGAUCACCAUCUCCUCGGGGCCGCUACAGAAAUCGCAGCCCACCGCCGUCAGCCAUCGACAGACAAACCAGUAGAUCUCGAUCAAGGUCACCGGCCGGUCGUGAACGCGACCACGAGAGGGAGCGAGACAGACUGAGAGUUCCACGUGAGUUGGAGAGAGACAGAAUGUCCCGCGACAGAGAACAUAGAGAUCGCGUGUCCCGCUCUAGGGAUAGAGAUCGUUCCCGCGAUCGUUCCCGCGACCGCUCCCGUGGCUCUGCGUCCCCUCACCCAGACUCCAGGCUCGACCACAACGACGCCUACAAGCGACGCUGUAGAGAUUUUGACGAGAAGGGGUACUGCAUGCGCGGUGACCUCUGUCAGUGGGACCACGGCAGUGACCCCGUCGUACUGGAGGACGCGUCCGCCGCCCUCUCCUCCGUCCUCGCCUUGCCGCCGCCGCCCACUGUACCAGAGUACAAUCCCCUGACGCCGGAUAUAUGGUGCGGCGGGUUCCCUGCGUACCCCCCGCCGCAUCCCCACCACCCACACCCUCCCAGAGAACUCAUACCUAUACCUAGGAUCCGCCACGAGAUGGUGUCUGCGCGCGGGGUGGGGGCCGUUGGGGCAGCCCCCAGACCCCCAGCACCACACAAGAAGAACUUUGACUACACACGUUUCGGCCCGCCCCGUCCUCCCCUGCCGGCCAACGCGGCAAAUUGUUCCCUGGAAGUAAAGAAAGUGCCGCGCGGUCUCAACGAUAUCACGCAUCUAAACAACCACUUCUGCAAGUUUGGCAAGAUUGUCAAUAUACAGGUUUGCUACGACGGUGACCCGGAAGCGGCCCUCAUAACGUUCAGUACUCCGACGGAAGCCAACGUUGCGUACAAGAGCACCGAGGCUGUUCUCAACAAUCGCUUCAUCAAAGUCUUCUGGCAUAACCCUGAGAACAAACAGGAGAACAUGGCACCUGGCGGGCAGAUGUCCAACAAACAGACGGACAGACAAAACUCCCAGCAUCCCAUGUCACAUAACAAGGUGCUGAUCAACAGAGAUAAUAUCAAAGCGACCGCAGAUAAUAACGCCAAACAACUUAUGGAGAAGCAAGAGAAAGAGAAAGAGCUAGCCAACGGCCAGGACCCGAAGAAGGAUGUGGUGAAACCUCCGAUUACGAAGAGUAAGCAGGUCAUGGAGAUGCACAAGAGAGCGCAAGCCUUACUCGAGACACAGCUGCAACAGCAGAUGCUCCUCAUACAGAGGCUGGAGUCCGGCAACGUGACAGGACCUCAACGCGCCGCUUUGCUCGAAGCAAUAAAUUCAGCUCAAGAAGGCAUUGAGAAAUUACGCAAAGAAUUGGUCGCUUACAACGGUACAUUGAAACAAAUGCAGGCCAAGAAACCGAAGACCAAAGAGGAGGCUCAGAAAGAGAUUCUUGACGCUGAACUGGAUCUGUUUACUAAACAACAGGAGGGCCAAGAUGUGACUGAAUUGACGAAGAAGAUUGCCGAGCUCCGCCGACAGAUGGCGAUACAGUUCCCCUCGCAUAACAUCAUGAGGAGACCUCACGCAAGGGGUGGCAGGUUCAAUACUCCGACGAGGUUCACCCGCGGCGGCAUUGCGACAAAGAUGUUUAGCGUCAACCAAAGCGUUGAUCACAGACCGAGGGCUCUGCUCAUCUCUGGAUUCGAAGCCGAUGAACUCGAUGCUCUUGUUGCACAUUUUUCUCAAUUCGGCGAGGUUAUAAGCAAAGAGGUGGAAUUGUCAGUGCCACAACUGGUCCUGCAGUACAAGUCGCGGCAGCAUGCUGAACACGCUGCGGCCAACGGGAAGCAUUAUAACGAUAGGACGUUGUCGAUAACAUGGACAGCGAAUACGAACGCGAGCACAAACAACACGCCCCGGCCCGCGGAUCCGAGACCCGCGCGCAACGGGGACCAGCGAGACGAAAAGGAUGAGCAGCCCCCAGUCGACCUUCCAGAGGACACGUUACUCCGUUUCGACGAGGAGGAAGAGGACGACGCGGACGAAGACAGAUCCUGGAGACGUUGACCUUCGAACCCUCGCCGCAGUCAAAACCGCGGCAUAUGACCAUCACAUGUAAUGUUAACUAUUUAAUAUUAACAAAGUUGUCAAUUGCAAACGUUAGUUGUGUAGAAUAU